ACAUCCAGCACCGAGUACUCCGUGCACUUGAGUCCUGGCGACUCCUGCUAGUGGCUCAUGGAUGUGACUCAUUACUUCGCCGGCUUUAAACCCAGACGCCGCGCGCCAAGUCCUUUGCGUCCGUCCGUUGGUUCUCCGACGCAGCGCGUCCAAAACCUCCCCGCUGGACAGAGAUGAGUAGUCCCGAUGCGGGUUACGCCAGCGACGAUCAGACCCAGGCAAGGUGUGCGAUGUCAGCCAUGAUGCCUGGAAUGGGACACUGCCAGUGGGCCGACCCUCUCAGUCCCCUCGGAGACGCCAAAGUGAAGAACGAGCCGUGCGCCUCCGGCUCCGGCGGCCAGAACCGCGGCAAAACCGAGCCGCGGAUCCGACGGCCCAUGAACGCGUUCAUGGUCUGGGCGAAGGAUGAGCGCAAGAGGCUGGCGCAGCAGAACCCGGAUCUGCACAACGCGGAGCUGAGCAAAAUGUUGGGCAAAUCGUGGAAAGCCCUUCCUGUGACAGAGAAGCGUCCCUUUGUGGAGGAGGCCGAGCGGCUGCGCGUCCAGCACAUGCAGGACCACCCCAACUACAAGUACCGGCCCCGGCGGCGGAAGCAGGUGAAGCGGAUUAAGCGGCUGGACUCGGGCUUUCUGGUCCACGGCGUGUCCGACCACCAGGGCCCGCCCAUGCCCGGGGACGGCAGGGCGUGUGCCGAGAGCCUGGGCCUGGGCUACCACGAGCACGGCUUCCAGGUGGCCCCCCAGCAGCUGGGCCACUACCGCGACGCCCAGGCCCUCGGGGGCCCCUCCUACGAGACGUAUAGCCUCCCCACGCCUGACACCUCCCCUCUGGACGCCGUGGAGUCAGACCUCAUGUUCUCCUCGCAUUCACAAGAGGACUGCCACAUGAUGCCAGCCUACGCCUACCACUCCCAGGCGGCGGAGUACCAGCCCCAGGACCCCCACGGCAACCCCCACGGCAACCACCACGGCAACCCGAUCCUGCACCGGCACCAGGGCUCAGCUCCAGAGCAGCCCCAUCAGUCUGCGAACCUUCCCCCCUCCUACAUGGGAUGCCCCAACCCUCUGGCCAUGUAUUACACUCAGCACUGCGGCCCCUCCGGGCCCCUCAAGCGGCAUCCCGGCGGCGGCGGGGCCGGACAGCUCUCCCCUCCCCCCGACUGCCACCCGCACCCGGCGGACAGCGUGGAGCAGAUGCACCACUCGGAGCUGCUGUGCGAGGUGGACCGCAGCGAGUUCGAGCAGUACCUGAGCUCCUCCUCGGCGGCGGCGGCGGGGGGGCGCGGGGACGCGAGCGGCCACUACGGGCCGCACGAGGCCGGCAUGCAGGGCCCCGAGAGCCUGAUAUCCUCGGUGCUGUCGGACGCCAGCACAGCUGUGUAUUACUGUAGCUACAACAACUCCUAACCUCCUGCCCCGCCUUCAAGGACACGUGAUUCUGACCUCAAAUCUCCGUAGCUAAAUUUGAGCAAACAAAAUGUUUUGUUUUGUUUGUUUUUUUUUAAAUGUCUUUUUAAUUUUAUUUGUCAUUGCCGGCCUGCACUCUUAAGGCAACGUGAGAUUUUUUUUGGAAUGCCGCUUUGGCGAAGACUGUUGUACUGUAAGAACAAGCCAUAGAAUAUUUCACACACUCGUUUUAACUUUUUCUUCCUCUCUUGCAGGGAUUCAUUUUGUGAUAAUAAAUAUUGAACAGACACUAUUUUAAAGUUUAUGUGUAUACUGAGGUGUUUUUUUUUAUACUUUUUUGCACUUUUGAGAAAUAAAUGUUGGCAAAUACA